GAGAGACAAGGGAGGACGAGGAGGAGGAGGGGAGGAAGGAGGUGGGGAAAGACCUGCUCCAAUUGCCAGGCUCGGCAGCAGCCUUGGCUGCGGCUGCAGAAGCCACUUGCCCAACUUGGUGGCCACCCGAGGACCCCUGCCUGACCACCCAGGCCUAGCGGCUCCGGGGAGCUGAGCCCUGCUUUGUCCCCCAGGCAGCGCAGCUGAGAACGGCCUGACACCAGCCCUGUGCUGGGGGGGGACACGGUGGGCCCCCCGAAUGUCUCCGGGACACCCCAAGCAUUGCUUGGCUAGCUCAGAGCCCACCUCUGCUCCCCAAAUCUUCCUCGGCCACCACCAGCAGCCCUCGGUGUGAGCGGAGGGGUGCCCCCCCCGGGAUGGUCCCCACCAGGCUGUGACGGGCAGAGGAUGCCGCUGCAGUGCGGCCGGCGGGCUGUCCCCGCGCUGAGGCCCACUGGCCGCCCCGUUCCCCGCGGCAUGGCACUUGCUGGGCUCUGAGAUGGGCCCAGGGGCUGGCCGCCGGCCCGCCAUGCUGCUGGGCCCCUGGGUGGUGGCGGCAGCGGCGGUGGUGGCGGCGGCGGGCGCCGGGGCGGGCUGCCCGGUGCUGUGCACGUGUCGCGGGCAGGCGGUGGACUGCAGCGGGCAGCGGCUCUUCUCGGUGCCCGCCGAGCUGCCGCUGGACACCGGCAACCUCAGCCUGGCCCACAACCGCAUCGCCAGCAUCCCGCUGGGCUACCUGGCCUGCUACGCCCAGUUGCGCGUCCUCGACCUCCGCAACAACUCGCUGGAGACCCUGCCCACCAGGCUUUUCCUCGGGGCCCGGCGCCUGACCCACCUGGACCUGAGCUACAACAACUUCAGCCUGGUGACAGCCGACAUGUUCCUGGAGGCUAGCGAGCUGCUGCGCCUCGACCUCAGCCACAACCCCUGGCUGUGCAAGGUGCACCCCAAGGCGUUCCGGGGGCUGGCGCAGCUGCGGGAGCUGGACCUCAGCUACGGGGGGCUGUCGGCGCUCAGCCUUGAUGCCCUGGAGGGGCUGACGGGGCUGGUCACCCUGCGGAUCGGCGGCAACCCCUGGGUGUGUGGCUGCGCCAUGGAGCCCUUCCUCAAAUGGCUGAAGAGCCGCAUCCAGCUCUGCGCCUCAGAUUCACAGCUGGCCAAGUGCCAGGCCCCCCUCGAGGUGAAAGGGGUCCCCCUCUUCUCCCUGACGGAGGAGAGCUUCAAGGCCUGCCACCUCACCCUGACCCUGGACGACUAUCUCUUCAUCGCCUUCGUGGGCUUCGUGGUCUCCAUCGCCUCGGUGGCCACCAACUUCCUGCUGGGCAUCACGGCCAACUGUUGCCACCGCUGGAGCAAAGCCAGCGAGGACGAGGAGGUUUAGCACUGGUGGAGCAAGAGCCCGGCAGCCUCCAGCUCCCUGAACCCUGCCUGUGCUCUGCAACCUUGCCAAAAUGUGGGGGCCAAGCCCAGGACAUGGCACUGCCACCCAGCUCAGUGCCACCGCCCGCUGGGGAACAGACCUGCGCCUCGCUGGUGACCCUUGCCACCGCUCGGAUUCACAGACAGCCCCAGGGCCAUCGUUCCUGGUGGUGGGACAAGAGUUGAAGCCCCAUGAGCAGCUCCCGGGCAUGGCUUUCACCAGCCACCUUUUUGCUCCUUUCCCUCCUCCUCCUAAGUUUUGCACAGGUUCAGGGCCAUUCCAGGUGCCAGAUGGCUUGGGGAACCUGUCCUGAUUUCAUCAUUAGGAGGCAAAAGGAACUCCAAAGGAAAAAAAAAAAAAAAAAGGAAGAAAAAAUAAAGCCAACAGCCCCUCUGCCCAGCCAGGGUGGCCACUGCUCCCACGUGCGUUUUACACCGUCUUUGUGGCCGUUCCUGCAGCAUGUAGGGCUGAGGACUACUGCCUCCACCCCAGCUGUAAAACCCCUGUGGUCACAUAGCACUUUGCUGCCAAGAAGCAUUUGCUCCCAUCCUUGGCCUCCCGGGGUGGGUUUUGCUUGGGAAAGCCCCCCCCUUGCCCCUUCCCUGGGGCUGCUUGCCUGCCGGAUGCAUCCCGAGGAGGGGCCUCCCAUGAGCUGUUUUAUUUUCUUACCGUGUUUCCAUGCGUGUAGCUGGAGUGUAGAUGCACAGUUUAAAAACAAACCAAACAAAAAAAAAAAAAGAAAAGAAAAAAAAAAAGAGACAAGAAAAACGGGGAAAAAUAAGGCAAUGUGCUGGCUUGAUGACUCCACCCCCAGCACCGAGUAUCUCCUGGGGCCGGGAGCCCUGGUAGCAGCGUGAAGGCAGAAGGCUGGGUGCAAAUCACAGCGGUCCCCGUAGCAGAACCCCGCAGGGAUGCGGCCUUGCGCAGGCUCCCAGCCCCCUCGCCAUGUCCUGCACUGAUCCGGGGGAUGUGAGAGUCCUGCAGUGGGCAGCCCUGAGCCGUGCCGAGGAGAGAUGGGGCCACGGUCAGGCUGUACCCGUGGUGGGGUUGCACCCACAGCAAGGCUGGAUCCCUGGCAGGUUUGCACCCACAAACCCCAGGCCCACAGGAGAGCAGAGCCCACCGAUGUUGCCUCCUGGGAUGGAGGCACUGGGGGUCCCUUUUUUCUUUUUGGUGUCUGCCCCUGCCCCACCAGAACAGCCUCUGGAUACCAAGGACAAAAUAUGUGUUUCCCCCAGCAGUUCCUGACCCUGUUAUUGGGUGACGGAGGAGAAAGUGCGAAUUCAAAGCUCCCCAGCAUCCUUGAAUUCAUCCAGACCAAUUUUCUGCCUUUCUGAAGCAAAAGGGCCUUCCCUCGUGCUUCGCUGCCCUGCGUGGGGAGGGCAGGGACCUGCCUCAGGGUGCCAGCCCCCACGCCAGGUGCCCCCACACCACAGCCACGUCCAGUCCUGCAGCGAGCUGGGGAGCGCCCAGGCAUGGAGGCAGCCGCCCUGCCCUCCUGUUGUCCUCUCCUUCCCUCAGCCAUACCCUCACCCUUUCUUCUUUUUCCUUUC